GGGGGGGGUUUUAUUAUCAGCAGAUGUGGAAAAGAAACUAUAGAUUACACAAACGUACACUGAGAGUUAAGGGUUAAUCAGCAAGAAAUGAAACGGAGACGAAGCACAGGCAACCGUCGCCAAAGUCAUGUUUCAACUAGAUCACGCAACUUAACGCAAUGGCAUGAAUCUGGAAGCGUUGUUACCGGCCUUACCGUGUCUAACUGGAGUGUAAGUGAUGGAGAAUUCACCCAAGUAGUGACCAACCAUCUCUGGUCUGAUGUCAACCUGGUUGAAAGACUUACCGUUGUAAACACCGAUGACGGAACCGAUCAUCUCUGGAACAACAACCAUGUUUCUCAAGUGGGUCUUGACGAGGGCUGGCUUCUCGUUUGGCUGCUGGGCCAACUUAGCGGCUCUCAACUUUCUGAUCAAGAUCAUUGGCUUGUGGUUCAAACCACGGCCGAAUCUUCUUCUGACUCUAGCGUGGGUCAACUUGGUGAAUUCCUCGGUUUCCAAGGUGACCAAUUCCUUCAAGUCAACACCUCUGAAGGAGAAGGACUUAAAGAUUCUCUUCUUUCUGGAUUCGGCUAUAAGAUGUUAGUAAAUCCAUUCAACUGGUAAUGUAUGAAUAAUGAUUGAUGAUUUCAAGAGUAUGUUUUCUUUGGAACACAGCGCUGAAUCGGCGCGCUGAACUCGAUUCUUAGCGGACUCGGCCACUCCUUGAUAUUUUGGGUAGUUUUGGGGGUGAACCGGACAUCCCACACUCCCGUGAGGGGCCUGUGUUGGAUGAAAAUUUUCAGCGCUGGCUUCGGUUUUCAGGUGUUGAAACUCUUGAAAUUGUCGUCAUCAUAAAUUCUGUAACAGUGUCAUUACAUACUAGCAGCGUCAGACAUAUUGGCUAUACUAAUGAUGAUGUUCGAGAAGGGUGUAUAAUCUG